CUUCAAUUCGUGAAGCCUCAAUUCUGCCAUUUCUGGUCACGGAUCCGCCUCCGGAAUCCAAUAUGGAAUCAUAUGUAAUCUCGGAGGUCGCCUGAAAGACCGUGCCGCGUCCGACCCCAUUUAUUGCUUUUCACUUUACGAGUGUUAUAGGGCGACAGAUUCUAUUAUACCCAGUUUACCCCAGAACGGCAGGUAUAUCCCCACAAUCCAGCUGAGCCAGCCCAUGGACACGGCGACAUAUUCUCCUGUCCGCAGAAUUCAAUAUCAGGAACUCCGCAUGACACGUCGCUAGGUGUCUCCGUUGUAUUACAGGAGCCGCCGAGCAAUGAGAAUACCACAGGCCGUCCCUGGCCAGAUUGCUUCAUCAUGAACCUCACAGCCGGCAGGCAACUCCCUCUUAUUAUCCGGAAUGCGGGCAUCCAAGCCAUUGGAUGCCCGCAUUCAGUCAUUGGACCGAGAUAUUGGGAAUAUAGUUUCCAUAGUCACAGCGCUCGCGCAUAGAAAUUAGUAGGUUAUAUAUUUCUUAUAGUGCCAAUAUUCCCCGUCGCAUCUAUCAAAAUACGAAGGCCUGGACGCGAUACUCUCCAUGUCGAGUAUAUUGGAUCGCCAGGGGCGAGCCUCUCAUUUCUCAAUCAGCCUGUACGUGCAGAGUGCGAAUGAUCAAUAUUGUCUAAAUCAUACUAUGGGUAUAGACGAACUCAUAUUCCAUUCCCCUUGAGCAUGGUUCGAGUUAUCCCGUGGGUCCUGUCGUUCAUCCAGAGAUCCAUAUAAGGUGUACUUCAGAUCUCCCCAAACCCAGCUGUUGAUCCCUUCCUUGUUAACUCCUGGCAAAAAAUCAUUAUUCCACUCGUCUACUGCUUCAAAAAUGGUCAGCCUCAAAGCUCUUGUCCUGGCUCUCGGUGCUCUCUCCUCUGGCGUUGUAGCCCAGGUCGACCCAGCCCAAUGCUCCUCUCUCAAGGCCAUCGCCUCAGCUGGGUUCCCUGACUCCUCCUCCCUCUCCGCGUUCUGCACGAGCGUCCUCUCCUACACCGUCCCACCUGCCGUGACAACAACCAAGACCACCUCAGCAUACGUGACCAUCACCCAGUACACCACCGCCACCCAGACUGCCACAAGCGUCAAGACCAUAACCGCCACCGUCACCGAGCUCACCACCGUCUUCGGCCGCCGCCGCCGCGCCAUCCCCGAGCCCGCCCUGGAAGCCCGCCAAUCCCUCGGCGACCUCCCCAUCCCCCUAAUCCAAAUGCUCUGUGACUGCCUCAACGUCGCGCACCCCACCACGCCUACCAAGACCGCCACGCUCGUCAGGACCCUCACCGACGUCCGCACCGUGACCGUGACCACGCGCACCACCAAGGUUGUCACCUCGACUGCUCUGACGACGGUGCAGCGCACGACUACGAUUCCGCGCGUGACGGUCACGGGGGGCACGCCGACGCAGACGCCGGGGGUGGUUAGUUGGGAUGGGCUUUGUGGGGAUGAGGGGGAUGGGGCGACGUGUUUGGGGAGUGGGUUUGGGAAUUGUUGUGCGAAUUUUGGGGCUUGUGGCUCUGAUAGCUCGCAUUGUGGGACGGGAUGCCAGAAGGCGUUUGGGUCUUGCAACUAGGUAUGGUGAGGCAGGAGGGAGGACUUGUUACUAUAUGACGGUAUUGUUUAUGUCAGGGUCUCGAACCUACGGGCGAUAUUGUAAACACGUAGUUGAGAAUGUCACGAGAUUACUGUCAA